GAUCUUUUCUUCAACCUCACUGGACCACGUUGCCGAAGUCAGAUACAAGCCGCUGUCGGUAUGCCGAAGACCAGUGGCAUGACUCAAAUCGCAAGUGUUUCGUUGGCUGGCGGUUGUGGCGGCUUACAUUCAAUCCGGCAGAUAUGGCAUGCUUUCACCGCAACCGUCGCGCUUGGUUAUCAAACUCAACCUUCGCGAAAACCUUACAACCCCCCUUCUUUGCCGUUUCUUGCCACGAGUGGGGAAAUGCUACCACAGGCGAAACGCAUCCUACAGAGGGCGUGCCACCAUCUGACCUACCAAGACAGACAGCGCAUCCGUCGUUCAAAAGUUAGGUGGCCUCUUACCAGAAGCGACUUUCUCAACAUCCGAGUUCUAGACCUGUUGCUCUCAUAACGGGUUAAAACUUCCGAAUCUUAAAGUCUACAUGGUAUCUCAGUGAGGCACUUGGCACUUUGCCAUCGCAUACAACCGGCGCACGAAUUCACCGAUCAGGAACCGAGUAUGUACCUUUGUAGGAGCCUCAUCACCACGUAUACCAUGUCAAAACCUAGCCCUCCCGUAUC